CUGCAUUGCUGAACUUGCAGCGAGGAGAAAUCAGCUGUGAGCUCGCUUCUAGAAUAACAACAAUCAGCUCACGCUGUGCGAGGCUGGCUGUCUAUGUGUGUGUGUGGAUGGGCGUUGUGCUGAUCGCUGCGACUAUAAACAUCAUAUUCUGUGGACAAUAGUCGCCACCAAAACAAAACAUUUUUUACUGAUGCACGGGCUCACAACUCUAAUUGAUCCCAUCAUUUUAACAAAUUGGGCAUAAGUACUCAGUGCUUCGUCAAAUUUAUUUGAUUUUAGAACUGGUAGACAUUACUGAGAGCUGAAAAGCUGACAUUUUAUCUCAUCAUGUUCGACUCGGCUGAUGUUUUCCUGCCAUUCUUCGAAUGGAAUACGUACACGGUUGUCUCCGCUGCUGUGCUGGGUCUGAUUCUAUACGAUUUAUAUUGUAAAGGAGCUGCAACUCUUUACGGCCAUACAGGUCCACGAGCUCGACUGUCUUCGUCGUCGUCCGAUGUCUUCGACGUCCUAGGCGACAUCGACAGCUUUUCACUGCUCGAGCUCAACACCACCGUCAUCUCCGACAACCUCGAACUCAAGACCAAUGAUGAUCUCCUUCACGAUGAAAGCCUCUUCGAGUCCGAUCUCGACUUCGGGAGCACGUCGUCGUCGUCGUUUGAUGACGAGACGUACGGACAUCCCUCCGAGAGGCCCCUUGUUGUCAUGUUUUCGUGGCUCUUAGCCAAACCUCGUCAUGUUAAUAAAUACGUAGAGCUUUACACCAGGAAAGGAAUGGACGUCCUCGUCGUCAAGACUCGUCCGAUUGACAUCGCAUGGCCGGCCAACGCUAAGGAGAUUGCCCGUGAGAUCCUGGAUUACGUCACUGAUGGUGACAAGCGUCCUCUGUUGAUCCACGCAUUCUCCGUCAGCAGUCACGUGUACGCCGAGAUGCUCGACCUAGUAGAUGCCGUCGAGAAGUAUUCCUCGGUCCGUUACCGCAUUGUCGGUCAGAUUCUCGAUAGCUGCGUGCUCUCGAGGGAUAGCUACGAAGGAAUCUACUCGCAGGCCUCCACCAACUCCUUCACCCAACUUGUCAUCAAGAGGGUUGCAGAGACUUACUUCUGGGUGACCAACAAGUACACUAUGGAUAGUAUCAUCAAGGUGAACGAGAUCUUCACUGGCCGACCGGUCAAGGCUCCAGCCCUCAUCCUCUUUUCCCGCGACGACCACAUCGCCACUGCCAAAGAGAAUGACGAGCUCGUCAACCAGUGGCGAAAGCAUCUCGACGACGACCUCUACGUCAAAUGCUGGCAGAGUUCCCCGCACGUCGGCCACCUUGUCAAACACCGCGACGAGUACGAAGACGCCAUCUACGGCUUCGUUGGGAAACUGAAAGGCCUGCCUAGGAAGUUGCACCUUGAUAAGCCCAUCCCACCGACGAGCGCAGCCACCCUGCCUCAGGAAGCGCCGAAGGAAGCAGGCCUAAAGAAGGAUGAGUGAAAGGGCAGCAGACGGAUUGAGUGAAGGACUGUUUCGUGGAAGAAGCAGGGCAAAGCUCCGUGCUUGCCUUGUUGCAGCUGUAACAUCUUUAUUGAUUGUGAUCAAAGAAAUGUUGUAGAUUCUAUUUUCUGAAGAGGAUUGUAAUGAUUCAGAGAAUAAUUAUGAUGUCAUAUAUCUGUAUGGAAUCCUUCAAAAGAAGUUUGUGUAUUCUAAACGUUAAGUACAGUUCCGAAGGAGAAGAUUAUGAUGCUUCAGAGAAUCUGUAUGACGCUGUAUAUCUGUAAAUGAUCCGAUCGACAGAAAUGUUGAUUGUAAAUGUUACGAACCUUAUAUACUGAAGAAUAUUAUGAUGAUUCAGAGAUUAUCUGAUAUGGCGCAAUAUAUCUUUAUGGAAUCAAUCAACGGCGCAGACACGUUCAGUAAAUUUAUAUAUAAUUCAAAUUGACAAACAGGAAGCAUAAGAAUUGAUCUUCCGUCAAGGUUCACCAAGGUUAGAUAAGUGGCGUAUAGAUGCAGGGGUUAGAAGCGCCUGCCACCCCUCUCCCCCC